AGUAAAGAGAGGAAGGAGGAAAAAGAGAAGCACUGCAGCUCCACGGUGCCAGUGCGCUCUGCUCCACCGUGCGCUCUAUACAUCAUGCUGCAGUGAUUCGGGAGGACCGAGGGACUUAACACACGCACACACACACACACACACGCACGCACGCACGCACAUAUACACACGCGCACGCACACGCUCUCGCGUGCAUGCGCGCGCGGCACCGACAGGAGACCUUUGCUGCACAAAAUCACACUCACAGCAUCCUCAGCACACCUCAGGAAACCUCAGCUGAUCUCCUCCUGCCUGAGGGAAGUGGACACCCAGACAAGUCACACAUCUUGCUCAGCUGCUAAAGUUAAACACUUACAACUUGCACUCAAACAUACACGCUGAACACACACACACACACACACACACACACACACACACACACACACACACACACUACAUUUAUACACACACACAUCUACACCCAGAGCUGCUGUCAUGGCCCCAGAAUUCAGUGCGUCACUCUGGUGAGCGGUGGGCGAACCAGGCAGAAGACAUGUUGGCACGGAGGGACGGGUACCGCACUGAAACUAGCUGUAGUAACCAUGGAAACGGUGUGGAGGAGCUUGGCCUGUGUUGGGGUCAUUGCCAUGGUAACCGCUGGAUUUGGAGCAAUUGGAGCAAGUGUUCCUGCUCAGGAGGGUCAAGCUGCAUUUCUCUCCAGUCUGACUCACUAUGAGAUUGCUGUCCUGAUCCGCGUUGGCCCUCGAGGCGAGUCGCUGUACAAAGGCGAGGCCUCAGACAGGCCCAGACGGGUUCGGCGGAGCACCCAGGCGAAACAGGAGGUUCCUGAGCCACAGCUAUAUUACCAGCUGUCCACACCAAGCACCAGCCUCUUCCUGAACCUCACGCUGCAGAGCAGCCUGCUGUCUCGCAAGUUCCGUAUCGAGUACUGGAGGAAAGGCAGGUUGGCGUGGAGCCACCCGUACUCGUUCGGCUGCCAGUACAUGGGGCAUCUGCAGCAUCAGCCCCAGUCCAGCACUGUGGCUAUCAGUAACUGCAAUGGCCUGCAGGGGGUGAUCGUAGCUGGCGGAGAGGAAUACCUCAUCGAACCUUUGGUUUCUGGUGAAAACCAGACGAGGGCAGAUAGGAAAGAAGAACGCCCCCAUGUGGUGUACAAAAGAUCAUCUUUGCGACAUCUCUACAUGGACCAGUCCUGCGGAGUCAUCGAUGAAAAACCAAGCAAAAGCUUCGAUUGGUGGCAGAGAACCAUUAAACCGCCCAACCAGGCGGGGCGUGGCCAGUUGCCACUAAAACGCUCGGUUGGCCGCGAGCGCUAUGUUGAGACCCUGGUGGUGGCUGAUAAGAUGAUGGUGUCGUACCACGGGCGGCGUGAUAUCGAGCAGUACAUUCUGGCUGUCAUGAAUAUUGUUGCCAAACUGUUCCAGGAUUCUAGCCUGGGGAACGCAGUGAACAUUGUGGUGACUCGACUGAUCCUACUAAUGGAGGACCAGCCGACUCUGGAGAUCAACCACCAUGCCGGCAAGUCUUUAGACAGUUUCUGUAAGUGGCAGAAAUCCAUCCAGCAGAGCAACGGCCAUGGCAACGCCAUCCCCGAAAACGGCAUUGCACCCCAUGACACGGCCGUCCUCAUCACAAGGUACGACAUCUGCAUCUACAAGAACAAGCCUUGUGGGACACUCGGCCUGGCCCCGGUUGGUGGAAUGUGUGAGCCGGAGAGAAGCUGCAGUAUAAAUGAAGACAUCGGUCUGGCCACAGCGUUCACCAUCGCGCACGAGAUUGGACACACGUUCGGUAUGAAUCACGAUGGUGUAGGGAACCCGUGUGGAGCUCGUAGUCAGGAUACAGCUAAGCUCAUGGCAGCCCACAUCACCAUGAAGACCAACCCCUUUGUCUGGUCAGCCUGCAGCCGUGACUACAUCACAAACUUCCUCAACUCGGGAAUGGGCUCUUGUGUGAACAACGUCCCCCCGAAGCAGGAGUUUGUGUAUCCAACCACGGCACCCGGUCAGGCCUAUGACGCCGAUGAGCAGUGCCGUUUCCAGUACGGAAUCAAAUCUCGGCAGUGUAAAUAUGGGGAGGUGUGCAGUGAACUGUGGUGUAUGAGUAAGAGUAACCGCUGUAUAACCAGCAGCAUCCCUGCAGCUGAAGGCACCAUCUGCCAGACCAGCACCAUAGACAAAGGGUGGUGCUACAAGCGCAUGUGUGUGCCGUACGGCACUCGUCCAGAGGGAGUGGAUGGUCAGUGGGGGGCGUGGUCUCCAUGGGAGGAGUGCAGUCGUACCUGUGGGGGCGGAGUCUCAUCCUCUGUUCGACACUGUGACAGCCCCAGGCCAACAGUGGGAGGACGCUUCUGUCUAGGCGAGAGGAAAAGGUUCAAGUCCUGUAACAUCGAGGAGUGCCCCACUGGGUCUCAGGAUUUCCGAGAGAUCCAGUGCUCGGAUUUUGACAGCGUUCCUUUCCGGGGAAAAUUUUACACAUGGAAGCCGUACAGAGGCGGUGGAGUAAAAUCAUGCUCUCUGAACUGCCUGGCUGAGGGAUAUAACUUCUACACUGAGCGUGCGCCGGCUGUGGUGGACGGGACGUCGUGCAGAGAUGACUCUCUGGAUGUGUGUGUUAAUGGCGAGUGUAAGCAUGUAGGCUGCGAUAAAAUCCUUGGCUCGGAUGCCCGCGAGGACCGCUGCCGCGUGUGUGGGGGUGACGGGAGCAGCUGCGAGGCCAUCGAGGGCGUCUUUAACGACUCGCUGCCUGAAGGAGGUUAUGAAGAGGUGAUCAGGAUCCCUAAAGGAUCCGUGUUUAUACACGUACAGGAACUCAACAUUUCUCUUAAUUAUCUCGUUCUGAAAAGCAAAAGUGAGCAGUACUUCAUCAACGGCAAAUUGACCAUCGACACACCACGCAGGUUCGACAUCGCCGGGACGACUUUCCACUACCGCAGACCUGCCGAUCAGCCCGAGAUUCUCGAGGCUUUGGGGCCCACCAAUAUGACCCUCAUCGUCAUGGUGUUGGUCAGGGAAGAGAACCAAGGUAUCCAUUACCGCUUUAACCCUCCUGUGAACAGAGACACUCAAAGCAUCUUCACCUGGCACUCUACAUCCUGGAGCCGCUGCUCCGUCUCAUGCGCUGGAGGGUUUCAGAUCCAGCAGUUGGUGUGCAAGAAGCAAUCCGAUCUGGUGGUGUUCACUCACUUCUGUGACAAGAAGGGAAAACCUAAAGAGAAGAAACGUCCAUGCAACUCAGCCCCUUGUCCUCCCACAUGGUGGGUUAGUGAGUGGUCCGAGUGCAGCAGGAGCUGUAGUGGAGGUGUGAGGACGAGGGAGGUUCUGUGUAAGAGGAAGAUCAGCUCCACAGAUGAGAAGGUUCAGGACGACUCGUCCUGCUCCACCCAGCCACGUCCUCCUAUCACCGAACCCUGCAAUAAUCACACGUGCCCACCUGAGUGGCACGCCCUCGACUGGUCAGAGUGCACUCCCAGUUGUGGUCCAGGCUACAGGCAGAGGGUGAUCCUGUGCAGAAGUGGAGAGAGUGGAGACACCCUGGAUGAGUCUGAGUGUCAUAAACAUAGCCGCCCCACCACCAGGAUGCGCUGUAACCUGCAACACUGUCCUCCACCUCAGUGGCUCACCGGCCCAUGGAGCGAGUGUUCAGCUAAGUGUGGCGUGGGCCAUCAGAUGCGCUCGGUGCAGUGUCUGUCACACACCGGCCUGCCGUCCAACGACUGUCCAGAGCUGCAUCGACCGGCCUUCAUGCAGCAGUGCAGGAGCAAGUGUGACCUCAGCGUCCCCACAGACAACCCUGAGGAGUGUAAAGAUGUGAACACAGUGGCGUACUGCCCCCUGGUGCUCAGGUUCAAGUUCUGCAGCCGUCCAUACUUCCGACAGAUGUGCUGCAAGACCUGCCAAGGACACUGACCUCCGCUCCUCUCAUUCUCUCUGUCUCUCCCUCUCUAUCUUUCUUUCUCUUUUCUCUCUCUAUCUACUCUCCAUGCUCGGAAUGCCAGUCCCACCCAAGAGAGAGAAAGAGAGAGAAUAAGAAAGAGUAAAAAGAGAGAGGAAUGGAAGGAAGGAGGGCGAGAGAGAGGAGAGAGAGACAUUGCUGCUGUCCUCCAGUCUCCCUGUUCCUGUAAAUGGUAGCUGGUCAGAGAGAUUUUGUCUUCUAUGAGUUGUUCUGAACAUGGUGCUAGUUCCUAUUUUCCUUCACAUUUCAGACGGGAUCCUUCGCUUCGGCUCAGUUCUAGCUACAGCUCAGCACAACACUGCACAUGUGACUGCUUUUUUCCCAUUACAGGCUCAUACCAUUUAUUAUUAAACGAGUUACAAUAAUCCAAAGGUUCAUAAAUACGGUGCAGAAAGGUGCAGAACGUACAUAAUCACUGACAUUCCUACAUAUGGUUGGUUCUCCGACUUGGUUCUCCUGAACUGGCUGAAUGGGAAAUUGGAUUAUAUUUUUAAUCGACAUUUUGCUUGAAUAAGACGUUUUCAAACUGGAGUGCAUCAAAUUCGAAGAAUCAACGAACCUCAAAUCGAACAGAGUUCGAAUGUAUUAAUACAUUUGUCAAAUUUAAAUCUGAAGUUGAAUUUCAUAUGAAUGACAUACGAAACAUUACAUAUGAGUUACAUAUGAAGCAUCGCUUUAAUUUGGCUCAAUUCAUCAGAGAAAAUCUAGAAAAAUCGAAUUCGUCAAUUUCCUGUAAGCGCUUGAUCCCGGGCCCUGACAACCAUCCGAUCCUGGAGAUACAUCUAACUCCUACUUGGUUCUCCUAAAUUGGCUGAACUGUAUAUAACGAAACAGGAGCGCUUUUCUGGAUGCACUGAUUAUAACUGCAAAUGAGAAAAUGUCUUUCAGGUCUAGAUUAGGUUCAGAAUUUCAAGACGUUUCCAAAAACGGAGUGUGUCAAAUUCUGAUUCGGCUAAUUCAUGACCCUUAAAUAAAACAAUUGUCAAAUU